AUGUGGCUGGCUCUCGGGCGGCCGCAACGUCAAGGCGCCACCGGCGGUGGUGGUUUCACCGCCGUGUUCGCCGUGUCUCUCGUUUGGCUUCUUGCCCUGGCCCGUCUUGCCGACGCGGCGCAAUGGACGGUCACGUCAUACUACGCCGUGUCCAUCACGACGUACAGCUACACGUACCGCAACUACCAGUACACGACGACCCGCGUGUACACCGACAGCAGCCUGUACUCGCUCAAGGCGAGCGCCACGACUCUGCCCGCCUCGGCCGCCGUCUCGACCGUCACGCUGGGCGACUACGACGGGGACGUCGAGACCGUUCGCAUCUACCUGCCCAUAUCGGCCGUGCCCUCGUCGGAUCUCAGCGUCUAUGGCGACGACACUGACCGCUCUUCGCGAUACGUCUACACAUACUACGUGCAACCGAUGGCGUACUCGGCGCCGUCGUCUUGCCCGACGCCCUUCACCGUGACUUCGUCGCGCACUCUAUCCCUGCCCAGCGCCGUCGCCGCCCAGGUGACGCCCACGUCCACCACCAGCACCGUCCGCGACUACGGCGACGGCACGCUCUACACGACGGUCAAGGCCUACAUCGACAAGACGUACUGGCCGACGGGCAGCUCGCUCUCGAGAGACUUUACGUACAGCUACUACGUGUCCAACUGCCGGAACCCGCAAGCGUCGUCCACCACCAGCACAAGCUCCCGAUACCGGGGAGGCGACGUCAGCGGCCCCGGCAACAGCAAUGGCGACCCCGACAGCGACAGCUCCAUGUGCGGCACUGACGGGUCCGGCUGCGUCGGCGGGGUCCCCAUCUGGGGCAUCGUCCUUGCCGCGGUGCUCCCCUCCGUCUUCCUGUUCGGCUUCGUCGAGUCCUUCCUCUGGUUCCGCAGGCUCAUGCUCGGCAAGAGCACCAUGCGCUUCGCCACCAUUUCCUGGAUCCUCCUGUGCCCGCCCAUCAUCUUCCUCCUGCGGCGCGUCCCGCCCCGCCUCGUCGAGGACCAGGAGCGCCUGCGGGAGCAGUGGACGGGCAUGACCGCCGGCAGCAAGUUCCGCCUCUGGGCGAAGCUGGGCCUGCGGCACAGGUAUCCGUUUGAGCUGCUCGGCGAGCACGACGACUGGAAGCCCGACGGGUACCUGGACGAGAGCGACCUGCCGGCGACGUCGGCCACGGGUGCGGCGUACGGUACGCAGCCCAUGGUGCAGCGCCCGCGAGAGUCGCUGCCGCCGCCGGUGGCAGGACGAAGCGCAAGCGGGCGACAGCAGCAGCGGAGAUCGCAGUCGCAGCGAAUGUCGACCGGCAUGCCCACGAUCCACGAGCAGCCGCGCGUUCCGCCGCAGGCACGACUUGCCGGAGAGAGGUCCCCGUCGCCAGUCGUCUCGAGCGUCUCCGACGCGGCCCCUGUCUCGGAACCGACGCCGCCCCCGAUGCCGCCCCGGAGGCCCGACGGGCACUCUGAGGCUGGGCCGUCCAAUUCCAGACCUGAUGGUGGCUCGCAGGCAUGA